GUUAUCACUGGUGCAGUGGCGUUUUUAAGUCAGUAGAAAAAGUCGUGUAAUUCGGAAGAAGCAGACGCGACACUUUGAAAACUGCGCUGCCUUUCUUUGACUCUUCUGCGCUGCUGACACAACACUUGGCAGCCUGAUUGGCUGCCUGUGAAGACGGAUUACAAAUACUGAUGCUCCGGCUGCUCUCUCUCUCUCUCUCUCUCUCUCUCUCUUUCUCUCUUUCACACUCUCUCCUUUUCUAGGAUAUCUAGUUCCUCCGCACUAAACAGAAAAUACCUUUUUUUUCUCAUUCCUUCCCCACCCCCCAUGUGAAUGUCAGUGUAGCUCUGGUUGGAUGUCAGCUGCUCGGCUUCCCUUUUCUCUUGAGUUACCGAGAGACGUCUACAGCACGCUGCCUCAGUGGCCGGCUGAUGCGAGGAGGAGGCAUCUUCAGCACCACAAGCUCUGGCGCGUUUGACUGGGCAGGCGGGCACACCUCGGGCUCAUACCUUUUCUAGUGGGUGCCAACUUGCCGUGUUCGUCCCACUGAACAGCUUUUUUGGAUCUUGCUGUUUCUUUACUCGUUUCCCCUCCCUCUCUCUCAGACUGGGAACUUCUUUACAUUUGUAAUCCUCGAGGCAGCGUUCUGCUUGCUCCAGCCCGAAUCUUUCUGCGUCUCAUGGUAUAAGUGUGUCUAUUCAUGGGGCUGAAAGACAUCUACGAAACCAUCACAGAAGAAGUGCACCGUGCCAUCACCCUUCGGAGCGUGUGCUGGUGGCCAGGCAUUCUUCAUUCCCCCCCAUUAAACCAUCAAUAAACAUGGAAGAGUCAUCAUCUGGUUCUCCAAACUCAGUGGUCACUAAUGGAAAAGUACAUCAUCCAGGUACAAAGGACGUAAACAUAUUUUUUGACGAAACAGAAGCUGUAAACAGCCCAUCCAAGGAUGAUGAUUCCCUACUCCAUCCAGGAAAUCUCACAAGUACCUCUGAUGAUGCAAGUCGACUGGAUGCAACAGCAGAUGGAACAAAAGAGAAGAACAAAUCAAGUGGUCUGUUUUUCAGGGAUGGAUUGUGCCGGAUUGAUUAUAUUCUUGUUUACAGAAAGUCCAACCUACAAACAGAAAAAAGAGAGAUUUUUGAAAGAAAUAUCCGAGCAGAAGGAUUGCAAAUGGAGAAAGAGUCAUCCUUAACAAACAGUGAUAUCAUUUUUCUGAAGUUACAUGCCCCAUGGGAAGUCCUUUGCAGAUAUGCAGAAUUAAUGAACAUACGAAUGCCUUUCAGGAGAAAAAUCUAUUACCUGCACCGGCGAUACAAGUUCAUGAGCAGGAUGGAGAAACGAAUAAGCAGGUUUCGAGGAUGGCUUCCCAAAAAGCCAAUGAAGUUUGACAAGGAAACCCUACCUGACCUGGAGGAGAAUGACAGUUACACCGCUCCCUUCAGUCAGCAGAGGAUACACCACUUCAUCAUACAUAACAAGGAUACAUUCUUCAACAAUGCCACCAGAAGUCGGAUCGUUCAUCAUAUUCUACAGAGAGUGAAAUAUGAAGAAGGAAAGAAUAAAAUUGGUUUAAACCGCUUAUUGGGCAAUAAUUCCUAUGAGGCAGCCUUCCCACUUCAUGAAGGAAGUUAUAGAAGUAAGAAUUCAAUAAGGACUCAUGGCGCAGAAAACCACAGACAUCUGCUUUAUGAGUGCUGGGCCUGGUGGGGAGUGUGGUACAAGUAUCAGCCUCUGGAUCUUGUUCGGAGGUACUUUGGUGAGAAGAUUGGUCUCUACUUUGCAUGGCUGGGUUGGUACACUGGAAUGCUUUUCCCUGCAGCAUUUGUAGGACUGCUAGUGUUUCUUUAUGGAGUCUUCACCCUGGACUAUUGCCAAGUCAGUAAAGAAGUCUGCCAAGCAACAGAAAUUAUAAUGUGUCCUUUAUGUGAUAAAUAUUGUCCUUACAUGAGGCUGUCAGACAGCUGUGUUUAUGCCAAGGUCACGCACCUGUUUGACAAUGGAGCAACUGUCUUUUUUGCAGUUUUCAUGGCUGUAUGGGCCACAGUCUUCCUGGAAUUCUGGAAACGAAGAAGGGCAGUAAUUGCUUAUGACUGGGACUUGAUUGACUGGGAGGAGGAGGAGGAAGAAAUCCGCCCUCAGUUUGAAGCCAAAUACUCAAAAAAGGAAAGAAUGAAUCCUAUAUCUGGGAAACCAGAGCCUUAUCAAGCUUUUACAGACAAAUGCAGCAGAUUGAUCGUGUCAGUGUCUGGGAUAUUCUUCAUGAUCUUGGUUGUGAUCGCUGCUGUUUUUGGAAUUGUUAUUUACCGUGUGGUGACUGUGAGCACUUUUGCUGCCUUUAAAUGGGCUUUAAUCAGGAAUAACUCUCAGGUUGCAACUACGGGGACUGCAGUCUGCAUCAACUUCUGCAUUAUCAUGCUGCUGAAUGUGUUAUAUGAAAAAGUUGCCCUCCUGCUAACAAAUUUAGAACAGCCCCGAACAGAGUCUGAAUGGGAGAACAGCUUUACUCUGAAAAUGUUUCUCUUUCAGUUUGUCAAUCUGAACAGUUCUACAUUUUAUAUUGCCUUCUUCUUGGGGAGAUUCACGGGUCGCCCUGGUGCCUACUUAAGGCUCAUAAACCGGUGGAAACUGGAAGAGUGUCACCCAAGUGGAUGCCUUAUUGAUCUCUGUAUGCAGAUGGGUAUAAUAAUGGUUCUCAAACAGACCUGGAAUAACUUCAUGGAGCUUGGCUACCCACUGAUUCAGAACUGGUGGACUCGGAGGCGGUUACGGCAGGAGCAUGGCCAUGAAGCAAAAGCAAAUUUUCCUCAGUGGGAAAAAGACUACAACCUCCAGCCUAUGAAUGCAUAUGGGCUGUUUGAUGAAUACUUAGAGAUGAUUCUGCAGUUUGGUUUCACAACUAUAUUUGUGGCUGCCUUUCCUUUGGCCCCGCUCUUAGCCUUAUUGAACAACAUUAUUGAAAUUCGCCUGGAUGCUUAUAAGUUUGUCACACAGUGGAGACGUCCUUUAGCCUCAAGAGCCAAAGAUAUAGGAAUCUGGUAUGGGAUUUUAGAAGGCAUUGGCAUUCUGUCUGUCAUUACUAAUGCCUUUGUUAUUGCUGUAACAUCAGAUUUUAUCCCACGACUGGUCUAUGCAUACAAAUAUGGUCCAUGUGCCGGGCAAGGACAAGCUGGAGAAAAGUGUAUGGUGGGAUACGUAAACGCCAGCUUGUCAGUGUUUCAAGUUUCAGAUUUCGAAAACCGUUCUGAACCAAGAACAAAUGGAACAGACAUAUAUGGUAUACCAAUAAAAUAUUGCAGAUACAGAGAUUACAGGGAACCUCCUACGUCCAAAGAGCCUUAUGCCUACACGCUACAGUUCUGGCAUGUCUUAGCGGCACGACUUGCUUUUAUAAUUGUAUUUGAGCACAUGGUGUUUACUAUAAAAAACCUAAUUUCCUAUUUGAUACCUGAUCUACCAAAAGACUUAAGGGACAGAAUGCGAAGAGAGAAAUAUCUCAUCCAGGAAAUGAUGUAUGAAGCUGAGCUAGAACGUCUUCAGAAAGAAAGGAAUGAAAGAAAGAAGAAUGGAAAAACUCACCACAAUGAGUGGCCGUAAGUCUAAUUACCCAAGGUCAACUUUUUGGUCCUCUGUUUACAUAUUUCCUGCUCAGAAGCCCAUUCGCUUUUGGAGAAUGAGCAAAUGCAACCUCAGUGCAUGACAGGAGAUGUUACACAAGGCAAGCCAAGCAGCACAUUUAUAAAAUGAUAUACAACGAACACGUUUGCAAUCGGCUGGUAUUUGUUUCUAACACUGCAAGCAUGUUCUUAUGUAAAAAAAAAAAAAAGGAACCAAUGGUGUACAUCAGUCUGAGGAAACGUUGCAUUACUGGCCAUUUUACAACAGUUUGCUACUUUUCUGGGACGUUGCAUUUUCUUCCUUUGCAGUUUUGCAUACUGUGUCUCAAGAGACUGAAUGUAAAUAACCUGGAAAAGGAAAACUUGGAAACUUUUAUUAGCCUGUCAGCAUCAUCAUACUAUAUCCUCUGACAUUAUCCAACAAAACUCCUGUUUACAAAGAAAAUACGUCCCUUUUUUAUUUCAGACCUUUGGAAACAAAUUUAUGAAUUGACAUAUUGCUUAACUGUAAAUAGCCAAAUAUUUAAGAGAAUGUUACAUUUUCAUUAAAUUUAAAAUGUUCAUGAACAUGAACAUGUUUAUUGCUUGUAUAUUGUGAUGCAAUAAAUGAAAAAUAUGCAUCUGAA